AUGGCAGUGCCCUGGGAGGAAUAUUUCCAACUGGUUUUGGAAGAGAAACUGUCUAUGAAGAUCCCGGAGCAGAACAUGGACCACGUCCCCCCGGUCCUGCGUCUCUUGGAGAAGAGGCAGGAGCUGGUGGAUGCAGACCGGGGCCUUCAGGCCCAGAAGGAGGUGUUCGAGAUCACAAAGGCCUCCCUGAAACAGCGAUGGGAACAGUUGGAACAGAAAGAGCAGGAGCUAAAGGGGUCAUUCAUCCGCUUUGAAAAGUUUUUGCAGGACGCCGAGGCCCGGCGCAGCCGCGCACUGCGGAGAGCCGAGGAGGAGCGGCACCUGGCGGGCCGCCGGGAGGCGGAGGCGCUGAGGCUCCGGGCUCAACUGGCCGAGCUGCAGCGGGAGCGCGCGCGGCUGCAGCGCGGGCUGCAGCGUCUGGAGCCCUGCGCGCGCCUGCUGGAGCAAACGUUGGAGCUGUUGCCCGAGUUCCAAGAGGUCCCCGAACUGGUGGCGCGCUUCGACGGGCUGGCAGACAUGCAGGCGGCGCUGAGGCUCACGGAGCGCCAGCGGCUCGCGGAGCUGGAGGAGGCGCGCGCGCGGCUGCAGCGGCUGCGGGACUCCUGGCAGGACGAGCUGCUUCUGCAGGCCCAGCGGCGAGCGCAUCUCUUGGAGCGACUGGAGUCGGCGCGGGAGCGCACGCUGCACUGGGUACCGAGGCCGGAGGAGGAAUCCAAGUGGAUUCAGAUCCAGAACACGGCGGCUGAGAAGACCUUGCUCCUGGGGCGCACCAGGAUGGCAGUACUCAAUAUGUACCAGCUGGUGUGUCAGCAUCAGAGACGGCCACCCACCCUAGACAUCGAGGACACCGAGGGGCAGCUGGAGCAGGUGAAGCUGUCCAUUCUGGACCUCUCUGCCAUGCUGGCCGGACUCCAUCAGGCUGAGUCCACCGCCCCCACCUCCUAA